GUGUAUUAUUGCAAAAAGCGCCGCCUUCGCGAACAGGCUGGUGCCGGAGAGGAAGUGCGCAAGCGUGAGCGCAAGGUAGCUAGUGGUGCUGCAUCUGUAGUUGUUGGGCCUGAUUCAACCACUUGUCUUGAUUGCUCUAAUUGUGGAUGCUACAACUACGGCAGUCUCGGUAAAAGCAAUAGUUGUACGUGUUUAGCCUGCUGUACCGCGAAUACUGCUGCCGUCGCUCCUGCUUCCGGUUCGUUUUGCUGCGAGGUCGGUUCUAACACUGUUCGCCAACCGCCGCAAGCUGGCCGGCAAAUAAGACCAGCAAAGCCAGCUAUUGGA